AUGGCUCAAGGGUUCUUCAAGAAAGAGGUGAAGAGUGGCAGUCAAACUUCAUUCUGGUUUGAUAAUUGGAGCCAACUGGGAAGAAUUUAUUAUCUGACAGGCCAGGGAGGACUUAUAGAUACUGGGAUUCCGAUCACAGCAACAGUAGAACAGGCUGUGAAAAACAGAAGGAGAAGAAGACAUAGAGCAGAUCAUCUAAUAGCUAUUGAGAAUCUGUUAUUGCAGCAGGAACAUAUAUUGGUCAAUGAGGAAGAGGAUAAGCCUCUUUGGAAGCAGAGUGAGGAUACUUACAAAGACCAUUUUAACUCUAAGAAGACUUGGAGUCAGCUAACAACAGUUUUUCAAGUGGUUGGUUGGAGUGAGGCUAUAUGGUUUAAACACUCAACACCAAAAUAUUCAUUUCUAGCGUGGCUAGAAAUGCUAAAUAGGCUUUCUACUGGAGACAGGAUGACCAAAUGGGAUGCCGCAACAAACCCGGUGUGUGUUCUAUGCAAUGCAACCGAUGAAACCAAGGAUCAUCUAUACUUUGAAUGUGAUUAUUCCAGAGAAAUUUGGAGAAAGCUCAUGAGUAAACUACUGGAGAACAGAUACGUGGAGGAUUGGAGAAGAGUAAUUUUGUUGCUCAUGGAUAAAGAUCAAACGAAGCUGAUUACAUUCUUUACUAGAUAUGCUUUUCAAGUGGCUGUAUAUAGUAUAUGGAGGGAGAGAAAUGGAAGAAGACAUGGAGAGAGUCCUAGGAAUGUGCAAAAAAUGGUUCAAUGGAUUGAUAAGGAAGUGAGAAACAGGAUGUCUACAAUCAGAAUGAUGGGAGACAUGAAAUAUGAUGAAGGCUUCAAAUGUGGUUAG